AUGAUACACUAUUCUUCUGCAGAACCAGCUCAAAAAUGUCACAACCUUACUCCAGAUCCUCUCCUUGUACGAGAAAGCUUCAGGGCAACGAAUCAACUCACAAAAAUCAGGAAUCACCUUCUCAAACCAGCCCCCCUACUAUUGAAGGAAAAAAUAAAAACGGAGUUGGGCAUUGAAAAGGAGGGUAGAGCAGGGAAAUAUCUUGAUGUCCCAGAACACUUUGGAAGAAAGAAACGAGACCUCUUUACCUCCAUUGUGGAAAAGAUAAAACAGAGGACGGCUAGCUGGUCCACAAGAUACUUAUCCCCCGCAGGGAAGAUGACUCUCCUCAAGUCUGUUCUAGAAGCCAUCUCUAACCACACUAUGCAAUGCUUUAAGCUUCCCCAAUCCCUUUGUAAAAGAAUUCAGUCGGCUUUGACUAGAUUUUGGUGGGAUCCUAAAGCUGGAGUUCAAGGGAUGUCUCUUGUAUCUUGGACGACAAUGACUAAAUCUAAGCGUGACGGAGACUCAGGCUUUAGAGAAAUACAGAGCUUUAAUUAUGCACUGCUGGCUAAAGUGAGCUGGCGGAUUUUAAACUCACCAACAAGCCUCUUAGCACGCGUCCUGGCUGGCAAAUACUACCAUGAUCAAGACUUCCUCACUGUCAAUCCACCUGCAGCUUGCUCUCAUGGAUGGAGGGGUAUUCUAAUUGGGCGAGACUUACUUAAAGAGCAUCUAGGCUGGGCUAUUGGAGACGGGAGAAGUGUACUGGCAUGGCAAAACUCAUGGCUUUUCUCGGAAUUAGGUGGAGUACCAAUGGGACCUAUAACAGAGGAAGCCCUGAACCUGAAAGUCUCUGAUCUCUUCAAACACCAGUCAAGGGAAUGGGACACGGAGAAAGUUGAUAUGCAUUUCUCACUAAUCUCUUCUUCCAUCAGAUCAAUCAUGCCAACUACCCAGGCUACUCAAGAACCUACUCAAGAAUGGAUCAAAGAGCUAUGGAAUGUUGAGAUGUCCCCUAAGCUAAAGCUCUUAAUCUGGAAAAUUCUAUAUGGCGCUCUCCCUGUUUGGAAUUUGGUACCUUUUGCAGGAAACAUUGAUUGGUCUCAGGUCUCAUCCUUUGAUAGAGGCUGGAGUCUAGCUCUAAAAGCAACGAAACGCAGAUUCUCAGCUCAGGAAAGAAUUACAAAAGCUAUCUGUGACGCUAAAGAAUGGAAAGAAGCCCAACCUGUGUUACCACCGAAGAAUAAAAAACCGCAAGCUUCACAAUCGUCGAGAAUUGAAGUCAUCUGUCGAUCUGAUGCUGCGUGGAAGAAGGAAAUCAAGGCUGCUGGUCUAGCGUGGACCUUCAGUGAUCUUAGUAAUGAGAUAUUUUACUCUCACACUGUUACUUGUAUGCUUGUGAUCUCGUCUCUUGUGGCGGAGGGACUAGCAAUGCGUUCGGCGAUGGAGCAAGCAAUUGAUCUCCAAUUGAAGAAGGUGAUGUUCGAAUCUGACUCCCUCCAAUUGAUCUCCUCGAUUGAAGGCUCAUCAGACUUUGCAUAA